AUGCCGCGCUCGCGGGGACGGAAGCAGGGGCGCUGCGGCUGCCCCGCGGGGAGAGCUCGCGCCGAAGCCGGGAUUUCGGCGCUUGUGCCGGGCGCCGGGAGCCGCUGGGGCCGGCCGCCGCCGCCGCCGCCGACACCGCCGCCGCCGCCGCUGCUGCUGCUGCUGGGCUGGGGGCUGCUCAGCGCCUCGGCCGCCGCGGGCCAGAACUGCACGUUCCAACUGCAGGGUCCCAAUGGCACCGUUGAGAGCCCAGGGUUCCCGUAUGGCUACCCCAAUUACGCCAACUGCACGUGGACCAUCACCGCGGAGGACCAGCACCGGAUCCAGCUUGUGUUCCAGUCCUUCGCCCUGGAGGAGGACUUUGACGUCCUGUCGGUGUUUGAUGGGCCACCCCAGCCAGAGAACCUGCGAACCAGGCUCACAGGCUUUCAGCUGCCGGCCACCAUCGUCAGCGCGGCCACCACCCUCUCUCUGCGCCUCAUCAGUGACUACGCAGUCAGCGCACAGGGCUUCCAUGCCAGCUACGAAGCUCUCCCCAGCCACACGUGUGGGAACCCCGGGCGGCUGCCCAACGGCGUCCAGCAGGGCUCAACCUUCAACCUCGGCGACAAGGUCCGCUACAGCUGCAACCCCGGCUUCUUCCUGGAGGGCCACGCCGUGCUUACUUGCCACGCUGGUUCUGAGAACAGUGCCACGUGGGACUUCCCGCUGCCUUCCUGCAGAGCGGACGACGCAUGCGGCGGAACCCUGCGGGGCCAGAGCGGCAUCAUCUCCAGCCCGCACUUCCCCUCGGAGUACCACAACAACGCCGACUGCACCUGGACCAUCCUGGCCGAGCUGGGGGACACCAUCGCCCUGGUCUUUAUUGACUUCCAGCUGGAGGACGGUUACGACUUUCUGGAAGUCACGGGGACUGAAGGCUCCUCCCUCUGGUAAGCGUGCCUUUCCGCACCCUCCCCUGUCCCCUGCAACUCCCGUAUGUGUGAUGCCCACCUUCGAGGCCCCUCGGGCAUCAUCACCUCCCCUAAUUUCCCCAUUCAAUAUGACAACAAUGCACACUGCGUGUGGAUCAUCACAGCACUCAACCCCGCCAAGGUGAUCAAGCUGGCCUUCGAGGAGUUUGACCUGGAGAGGGGUUACGACACCCUGACGGUCGGGGACGGUGGUCAGGACGGGGACCAGAAGACGGUUCUCUACGUCCUGACAGGUACGUCGGUCCCAGAUCUCAUUGUCAGCACCAACCAUCAAAUGUGGCUCCUCUUCCAGACCGACAGCAGUGGCAGCUCCCUGGGCUUCAAGGCUUCUUACGAAGAGAUCGAGCAGGGCAGUUGUGGAGAUCCUGGCAUACCUGCCUACGGCCGGAGGGAAGGCUCCUGGUUUCGCCACGGUGAUACACUCCAGUUUGAGUGCCAGCCGGCCUUUGAGCUGGUGGGGCAGAAGGCAAUCACGUGCCAAAAGAAUAACCAGUGGUCGGCUAAGAAGCCAGGCUGCGUGUUUUCCUGCUUCUUCAACUUCACCAGCCCCUCUGGGAUCGUCCUGUCACCUAACUACCCGGAGGACUACGGCAACCACCUCCACUGCGUCUGGCUUAUCCUCGCGCGGCCCGAGAGCCGCAUCCACCUGGCCUUCAAUGACAUUGAUGUGGAGCCUCAGUUUGACUUCCUGGUCAUCAAGGAUGGGGCCACGGCUGAGGCCCCAGUCCUGGGCACCUUCUCGGGAAACCAACUCCCCUCCUCCAUCACAAGCAGCGGCCACGUGGCCCGUCUUGAGUUCCAGACCGACCACUCCACGGGGAAGAGGGGCUUCAACAUCACCUUUACUACUUUUCGACACAAUGAGUGUCCAGAUCCGGGCGUUCCAGUAAAUGGCAAACGGUUUGGUGACAGCCUCCAGCUGGGAAGCUCCAUCUCCUUCCUCUGCGAUGAAGGCUUCCUCGGGACUCAGGGUUCAGAGACCAUCACCUGCAUCCUGAAGGAGGGCAGCGUGGUCUGGAACAGUGCCGUGCUGCGGUGCGAAGCUCCCUGCGGAGGUCAUCUGACUUCGCCCAGUGGCACCAUCCUGUCUCCGGGCUGGCCUGGCUUCUACAAGGAUGCCCUGAGCUGUGCCUGGGUGAUUGAAGCCCAGCCAGGCUACCCCAUCAAAAUCACCUUCGACAGAUUUAAAACUGAGGUCAACUAUGACACUCUGGAAGUGCGAGAUGGACGGACGUACUCGGCGCCCUUGAUCGGAGUUUACCAUGGGACCCAGGUCCCCCAGUUCCUCAUCAGCACCAGCAACUACCUCUACCUCCUCUUCUCUACCGACAAGAGUCACUCGGACAUCGGCUUCCAGCUCCGCUAUGAGACUAUAACACUGCAGUCAGACCACUGUCUGGAUCCAGGGAUCCCCGUCAAUGGGCAGCGUCAUGGGAAUGACUUCUACGUGGGCGCCCUGGUGACCUUCAGCUGUGACUCGGGCUACACACUAAGCGACGGGGAGCCCCUGGAGUGUGAGCCCAACUUCCAGUGGAGCCGGGCCCUGCCCAGCUGUGAAGCUCUCUGUGGUGGCUUCAUUCAAGGCUCCAGUGGAACCAUCUUGUCACCGGGGUUCCCUGAUUUCUACCCCAACAACUUGAACUGCACUUGGAUUAUCGAAACAUCACAUGGCAAGGGUGUGUUCUUCACUUUCCACACCUUCCACCUGGAGAGCAGCCACGACUACCUCCUCAUCACGGAGAACGGCAGUUUCACCCAGCCCCUGAGGCAGCUGACCGGUUCCCGGUUGCCAGCCCCCAUCAGCGCUGGACUCUACGGCAACUUCACUGCCCAGGUCCGCUUCAUUUCCGAUUUCUCCAUGUCCUACGAAGGCUUCAACAUCACUUUCUCAGAGUAUGACUUGGAGCCCUGUGAGGAGCCUGAGGUCCCAGCCUACAGCAUCCGGAAGGGCUUGCAGUUUGGUGUAGGCGACACCUUGACCUUCUCCUGCUUCCCCGGGUACCGUCUGGAGGGCACGUCCCGCAUCACGUGCCUGGGGGGCAGACGGCGCCUGUGGAGCUCGCCUCUGCCAAGGUGUGUUGCUGAGUGUGGGAAUUCAGUCACGGGCACUCAGGGCACUCUGCUGUCCCCCAACUUUCCUGUGAACUACAAUAACAACCACGAAUGCAUCUACUCCAUCCAGACCCAGCCGGGGAAGGGGAUUCAGCUCAAAGCCAGGGCAUUUGAACUCUCUGAAGGAGAUGUCCUCAAGGUCUACGAUGGCAACAACAACUCCGCCCGUUUGCUGGGGGUGUUCAGCCGCUCUGAGAUGCUGGGGGUGACAUUGAACAGCACGUCCAGCAGUCUGUGGCUUGAUUUCAUCUCUGAUGCUGAGAACACCAGCAAGGGCUUUGAGCUGCAGUUUUCCAGUUUUGAACUCAUCAAAUGUGAAGACCCAGGAACCCCCCAGUUUGGCUACAAGGUUCGCGAUGGAGGCCAUUUCGCAGGGAGCUCUGUGUCCUUCGGCUGUGACCCUGGGUACAGCCUGCGGGGCAGCGAGGAGCUGCUGUGUCUGAGCGGGGAGCGCAGGACCUGGGACCGGCCGCUCCCCACUUGUGUCGCCGAGUGUGGCGGGACGGUGAAAGGAGAGGUGUCGGGGCAGGUGCUGUCACCCGGGUAUCCAGCUCCCUAUGAACACAACCUCAACUGCAUCUGGACCAUCGAGGCCAAUGCCAGCUGCACCAUCGGACUCCACUUCCUGGUCUUUGACACGGAGGAGCUCCACGACGUGUUACGCAUCUGGGAUGGGCCUGUGGAGAGUGGGGUUCUGCUGAAGGAGCUCAGUGGCCCGGCCCUGCCCAAGGACCUGCACAGCACCUUCAGCAUGGUCGUUCUGCAGUUCAGCACCGACUUCUUCACCAGCAAGCAGGGUUUUGCCAUUCAGUUCUCAGUGUCCACAGCAACAUCCUGCAAUGACCCUGGGGUCCCCCAGAAUGGGAGCCGGAGUGGCGACAGUUGGGAAGCCGGUGACUCCACGGUGUUCCAGUGUGACCCCGGCUAUGCGCUGCAGGGAAGUGCAGAGAUCAGCUGUGUGAAGAUCGAGAACAGAUUCUUCUGGCAGCCCAGCCCACCAACGUGCAUCGCUCCCUGCGGGGGAGACCUGACGGGACCAUCGGGAGUCAUCCUGUCACCAAAUUACCCAGAACCCUACCCGCCAGGCAAGGAGUGUGACUGGAAGGUGACCGUCUCUCCAGACUACGUCAUCGCCCUGGUAUUUAACAUCUUUAACUUGGAGCCUGGCUAUGACUUCCUCCAUAUCUACGAUGGACGGGACUCUCUCAGCCCCCUCAUAGGAAGCUUCUACGGCUCCCAGCUCCCAGGCCGCAUCGAAAGCAGCAGCAACAGCCUCUUCCUAGCCUUCCGCAGCGACGCGUCGCUGAGCAACGCUGGCUUCGUCAUCGACUACACAGAAAACCCACGGGAGUCAUGUUUCGAUCCUGGUCCCAUCAAGAAUGGCACGCGAGUGGGGUCCGACCUGAAGCUGGGCUCCUCCAUCACCUACUACUGCCAGGGAGGCUAUGAGGUGGAGGGCUCCUCCACCCUGAGCUGCAUCCUGGGGCCUGAUGGGAAGCCAGUGUGGAAUCAUCCCCAGCCAGUGUGCACAGCCCCCUGUGGGGGACAGUAUGUGGGUUCAGAUGGAGUGGUCUUGUCCCCUAACUACCCCCAGAACUACACCAGUGGACAGAUCUGCCUGUAUUUUGUCACCGUGCCCAAGGACUACGUGGUGUUUGGACAGUUUGCCUUCUUCUACACGGCCCUCAACGACGUGGUGGAGGUGCAUGACGGCCACAACCCGCACUCUCAGCUCCUCGGCUCCCUCUCGGGCUCCCACACAGGAGAAUCGCUGCCCUUGGCCACCUCCAAUCAAGUCCUCAUUAAGUUCAGUGCCAAAGGCCAAGUUCCAGCCAGAGGCUUCCACUUUGUCUACCAAGCGGUGCCCCGGACCAGCGCCACGCAGUGCAGCUCGGUGCCGGAACCCCGCUAUGGCAGGAGGCUGGGCAGUGACUUCUCGGUGGGCGCCGCCGUCCGCUUCGAAUGCAACUCCGGCUACGCCCUGCAGGGCUCCCCAGAAAUCCAGUGCCUCCCUGUUCCCGGGGCCUUGGCCCAGUGGAAUGUCUCAGCACCAACGUGUGUGGUGCCCUGUGGCGGCAACCUCACGGAGCGCAGGGGCACCAUCCUGUCCCCCGGCUUCCCCGAGCCGUACCUCAACAGCCUCAACUGCGUGUGGAAGAUCAUGGUCCCCGAAGGCGCUGGCAUCCAGAUUCAAGUCGUCAGUUUUGUCACAGAGGAGAACUGGGACUCCCUGGAAGUGUUUGAUGGCGCAGACAGCACUGGAGCCGUGCUGGGGAGCUUCUCGGGUACAACCGUGCCUGCCCUGCUGAACAGCACCUCCAACCAGCUCUACCUGCAUUUCUACUCAGACAUCAGCGUGUCUGCAGCCGGCUUCCACUUGGAGUACAAAACGGUGGGCCUGAGCAGUUGUCCAGAACCUGCUGUGCCCAGUAACGGGGUGAAGACUGGCGAGCGCUACUUGGUGAACGAUGUGGUCUCUUUCCAGUGUGAACCGGGAUAUGCCCUCCAGGGCCACGCCCACAUCUCCUGCAUGCCCGGGACCGUGCGGCGCUGGAACUACCCUCCUCCGCUCUGUAUUGCGCAGUGUGGAGGAGCAGUGGAAGGCAUGGACGGGGUGAUCCUGAGCCCCGGCUUCCCGGGCAGCUACCCCAGCAACACAGACUGCUCCUGGCAAAUAGCACUGCCCGUGGGCUUUGGAGCUCACAUCCAGUUCCUGAACUUCUCCACCGAGCCCAACCAUGACUACAUAGAAAUCCGGAACGGCCCCUAUGAGACCAGCCGCAUGAUGGGUAGAUUCAGUGGAAGUGAGCUUCCCAGCGCCCUGCUCUCCACAUCCCACGAGACCACCGUGUAUUUCCACAGCGACCACUCACAGAACCGGCCGGGAUUCAAGCUGGAGUAUCAGGCCUAUGAACUUCAAGAGUGCCCAGACCCCGAGCCCUUUGCGAAUGGCAUUGUGCGGGGAGCUGGCUACAAUGUUGGGCAGUCGGUGACCUUCGAGUGCCUCCCAGGGUAUCAACUGAUGGGCCACCCUGUCCUCACAUGUCAACAUGGCACCAACCGGAACUGGGACCACCCCCUGCCCAGGUGUGAAGUGCCCUGUGGCGGGAACGUCACCUCUUUCAAUGGCACUGUGUACUCCCCGGGCUUUCCCAGUCCCUACUCCAGCUCUCAGGACUGUGUCUGGCUGAUCACCGUACCCAUUGGUCACGGCAUCCGCCUCAACAUCAGCCUGCUACAGACGGAGCCCUCUGGAGACUUCAUCACCGUCUGGGAUGGGCCGCAGCAGACAGCCCCACAGCUCGGAGCCUUCAGCCACAGCUUGGCCAAGAAGACAAUGCACAGCUCAUCCAACCAGGUCCUGCUCAAGUUCCACCGUGAUUCGGCUGCGGGUGGGAUCUUCGCCAUAGCUUUCUCCGCUUAUCCGCUCACCAAAUGCCCUCCUCCUACCAUCCUCCCCAAUGCUGAAGUCGUCACAGAGAAUGAAGAAUUCAACAUAGGUGACAUCGUACGCUACAGGUGCCUCCCUGGCUUUACCUUAGUGGGGAAUGAAAUCCUGACCUGCAAACUUGGAACUUACCUGCAGUUUGAAGGGCCGCCCCCAAUAUGUGAAGUGCACUGCCCAACGAAUGAGCUUCUGACGGACUCCACAGGUGUGAUCCUGAGUCAGAGCUACCCGGGAAGCUAUCCCCAGUUCCAGACCUGCUCUUGGCUGGUGAGAGUGGAGCCUGAAUAUAACAUCACCCUCACAGUGGAGUACUUUCUCAGUGAGAAGCAAUAUGAUGAGUUUGAGAUCUUUGAUGGUCCCUCAGGACAAAGUCCUCUGCUGAAAGCCCUCAGUGGGAAUUACUCAGCUCCCCUGAUUGUCACCAGCUCAAGCAACUCUGUGUACCUGCGCUGGUCGUCUGACCAUGCCUACAAUCGGAAGGGCUUUAAGAUUCGGUAUGCAGCUCCCUACUGCAGCCUGCCCAGGGCUCCACUCCAUGGCUUCCUUCUGGGCCAGACCAGCACCCAGCCUGGAGGCUCCAUCCACUUCGGCUGCAACGCCGGCUACCGGUUGGUGGGACACAGCAUGGCCAUUUGCACCCGGCACCCCCAGGGCUACCACCUAUGGAGCGAGGCCAUUCCUCUCUGUCAAGCUCUUUCCUGUGGGCUUCCUGAGGCCCCCAAGAAUGGAAUGGUGUUUGGCAAAGAGUACACGGUGGGGACCAAGGCUGUGUACAGCUGCAGCGAAGGCUACCACCUCCAGGCAGGUGCCGAGGCCACAGCAGAAUGUCUGGAGACAGGCCUAUGGAGCAACCGCAAUGUCCCCGCACAGUGUGUCCCUGUGACCUGUCCCGACAUCAGCAGCAUCAGUGUGGAACACGGCCGAUGGAGGCUCAUCUUUGAGACGCAGUACCAAUUCCAGGCCCAGCUGAUGCUCAUCUGUGACCCUGGCUACUACUACACUGGCCAAAGGGUCAUCCGCUGUCAGGCCAAUGGCAAGUGGAGCCUCGGCAGCUCUAUGCCCACCUGCCAAAUCAUCUCCUGUGGAGAGCUCCCCAUCCCGCCCAAUGGGCACCGCAUCGGAACCCUGUCCGUCUACGGGGCAACAGCCAUCUUCUCCUGCAACUCCGGGUACACGCUGGUGGGCUCCAGGGUGCGAGAGUGCAUGGCCAACGGGCUCUGGAGUGGCUCCGAAGUCCGCUGCCUCGACACAGAAACUAAAUCCCACCUUAUUUUCUAUAAGCUCCUCUUCAAUUUACUCUCUUUUCCCACAUCCACCAAAGCUGGACACUGCGGGACCCCUGAGCCCAUCGUCAAUGGGCAAAUCAAUGGGGAGAACUACAGCUACCGGGGCAGCGUGGUGUACCAGUGCAACGCCGGCUUCCGCCUGAUCGGCAUGUCUGUGCGCAUCUGCCAGCAGGAUCACCACUGGUCAGGCAAGACCCCUUUCUGUGUGCCGAUUACCUGUGGACACCCAGGCAACCCAAUGAACGGCCUCACCCAGGGCAACCAGUUCAACCUCAACGAUGUGGUCAAGUUUGUUUGCAACCCUGGGUAUGUGGCUGAGGGGGCUGCUCGGUCCCAGUGCCUGGCCAGCGGGCAGUGGAGCGACGUGCUGCCCACCUGCCGAAUCAUCAAUUGUACAGAUCCUGGGCACCAAGAAAACAGCGUUCGUCAGAUCCACGCCAGCGGCCCGCACAGGUUCAGCUACGGCACCACUGUGUCUUACCAGUGCAACCACGGCUUCUACCUCCUGGGCACCCCGGUGCUCAGCUGCCAGGGAGAUGGCACAUGGGACCGUCCCCGCCCCCAGUGUCUCUUGGUGUCCUGUGGCCAUCCGGGCUCCCCGCCCCAUUCCCAGAUGUCCGGGGACAACUAUACCGCGGGGGCGGUCGUGCAUUACAGCUGCACCAGCAAGCGGACUCUGGUGGGAAAUGCCACCCGAAUGUGUGGGCUGGACGGACACUGGACUGGCUCCCUCCCCCACUGCUCAGGAACCAGCGUGGGAAUCUGUGGUGACCCUGGCAUCCCAGCCCACGGCAUCCGUUUGGGAGAUAGCUUUGCCCCGGGCAGCCUGAUGCGCUUCAGCUGUGAAGCUGGCCACGUGCUCCGGGGAUCGUCAGAGCGAACUUGUCAAGCCAACGGCUCGUGGAGCGGCACGCAGCCUGAGUGUGGAGUGAUCUCCUGUGGGAACCCCGGGACUCCAAGCAAUGCCCGAGUCAUGUUCAGCGAUGGCCUGGUUUUCUCCAGCUCCAUCGUCUAUGAGUGUCGGGAAGGCUACUACGCCACAGGCCUGCUCAGCCGGCACUGCUCGGUCAAUGGCACCUGGACAGGCAGCGACCCGGAGUGCAUAGUCAUAAACUGUGGCGACCCUGGGAUUCCAGCCAAUGGCCUCCGGCUGGGCAGUGACUUCAGGUACAACAAAACUGUGACCUACCAGUGCAUCCCUGGCUACAUGAUGGAGUCCCAUAGGGUGUCCGUGCUGAGCUGCACAAAGGACCGGACGUGGAACGGCACCAAGCCGGUCUGCAAAGCUGUCAUGUGCAAACCGCCUCAGCUCAUCCCCAACGGGAAGGUGGUGGGGUCCGACUUCAUGUGGGGCUCAAGCGUGACGUAUGCCUGCCUGGAGGGGUACCAGCUCUCCCUGCCUGCGGUGCUCACCUGCGAGGGAAACGGGUCCUGGACUGGAGAGCUGCCUCAGUGUUUCCCUGUGUUCUGCGGAGAUCCUGGCGUCCCGGCCCGUGGCAGGAGAGAGGACCGAGGCUUCUCCUACAGGUCUUCUGUCUCCUUCUCCUGCCAGCCCCCUCUGGUGCUGGUGGGCUCUCCACGGAGGUUCUGCCAGUCAGAUGGGACGUGGAGUGGCACCCAGCCCAGCUGCAUAGACCCCACGCUGACCACAUGUGCGGACCCUGGCGUGCCACAGUUUGGGAUACAGAACAAUUCCCAGGGCUACCAGGUUGGAAGCACCGUGCUCUUCCGUUGUCAGAAAGGUUACCUGCUCCAGGGCUCCACCACCAGGACCUGUCUCCCCAACCUGACCUGGAGCGGAACCCCGCCCGACUGUGUCUCCCACCACUGCAAGCAGCCGGAGAUGCCGACCCAUGCCAAUGUUGGGGCCCUGGACUUGCCCUCCAUGGGCUACACGCUCAUCUAUUCCUGCCAGGAGGGCUUCUCCCUCAAGGGUGGCUCCGAGCACCGCACAUGCAAAGCAGAUGGCAGCUGGACAGGCAAACCACCCGUCUGCCUGGAGGUCCGACCCAGUGGGAGACCCAUCAACACUGCCCGGGAGCCUCCGCUCACUCAAGCUUCAGUUCCUGGAGAUGUUUUUGCAAAGAAUUCCCUAUGGAAAGGGGCCUAUGAGUACCAGGGGAAGAAGCAGCCAGCCAUGCUCAGAGUGACUGGUUUCCAGGUCAUCAACAGCAAGGUCAACGCCACCAUGAUUGACCACAGCGGAGUGGAGCUGCACUUGGCUGGAAUUUACAAGAAAGAAGAUUUCCAUCUCCUCCUCCAAGUUUACCAGGUUACAGGGCCUGUGGAGGUCUUUGUGAAUAAGUUCAAAGAUGAUCACUGGGCCUUAGAUGGGCAUGUCUCCUCAGAGCCCUCCGGAGGCACCUUCAUUUACCAAGGCGCUGUCAAGGGCCAAGGCUUUGGGCAGUUCGGCUUUCAAAGACUUGACCUCAGGCUGCUGGAAUCAGACCCCGAGUCCAUCGGCCGCCACUUUGCUUCCAACAGCAGCUCGGUGGCGGCCGCGAUUCUGGUGCCGUUCAUCGCGCUUAUCAUCGCGGGCUUUGUGCUCUAUCUCUACAAGCACAGGAGAAGACCCAAAGUUCCGUUCAACGGCUACGCUGGCCACGAGAACACCAAUGUGCGGGCCACGUUUGAGAACCCAAUGUACGACCGCAACAUCCAGCCCACAGACAUCAUGGCCACCGAGGCAGAGCUCACAGUCAGCACGGUGUGUACAGCGGUAUAG